UUCGGCAUAAGUCAGCGGCGGCAGCGCGCUCGCCCACUGUCCCAGCUGACACCAUGAGGGCGUGCAUCCUCCUCGUUCUCGCUGCGUCAGUGGCCGUGGCGUCCGUGGAAGGGGUGGCGCCCGACGCCUACCUGUCCAUCUCGAACGACGAUUGCGACCAGUCGCGGCUGAAGUGGCCGUGCCCCGGCCAGUGCUCGCUGGAGAUCCAGCCAGUGUACGCCACGUGCGAGCACGGCCGCCUCGAGACGUUCAUCAACUGCUGCACGUGGCACCGCGACGUGUGCCAGUUCAGGAGGCGUGAGUACCGCCGCCGCAAAUGGCCGCAGCCCCUCCUCCCCUCCCUUUCCCUCCCUCCUGCCCUUCUCUCCAGGCACCCUCUCACCUGCUUCGUCUUUCUGUUGCAGCAUGCAGGUUCCAUUCCAAGGGUCCUCGCGUCGGCGGCGCAGCCCGAGAGCCCUGGACCUGGCACAGUGGGGUGA